CCAUUGGACUCGCUCCAGCACUCUCAUACAGCACACACAAGAGGACUUCAAGAUACUGAUUUCUGUCUGUUAAGUAACGUCAGUUUUUAAGUAGUAACGCCAAAAUAAACACUGUUAUAGUGUUAGAAACACUCUUGGGGACUGGACUGGUUCUUUACAGAGACAGUGUUUCACUUAACAGCGGCUGAGACCAGCAAAAGAGCUGCACUGGACUGAAUAAGGCGUUCCUAUCCAUCCCUCUGUCCACCCCCUCCCUCCCUCUCUCCUCUGGGGCUGUAAAGAAGCUGGGGCUGUGUGGACCCUUGAGAGGCCCUCCCCAUCCCACUCUUCCCCCACCGCUGCUACCCCCCCCUCUCUAACUCCCACUCAGACUCUGCUGCUGCUCUUUAUGUUGCUGAGAGGCGCCAGGGAGAUGCUCAGAUGAUCCAUUGGGCCAUCCUGAACCACAUCGUCCACACAGCCCAAGGCAGGGAAGACUAACUACUGCGAGUGUGAGAGAGCCCUCGGAGGGUGCUGCGAGUACCCUGUGAGGCCCGCCCUCCCGCCAAGCCUGGCAGAAAGCUUGGCUUGCCCCUUCACUCCUCCAACCCCUGAGAUGCCCUCCCCUCCCAAUGAAGGAGAGGAUCAAGGAGCGUCCCCCGUGAACAGGCCAUCUGUGGGCUCCUACCACAGCAGGGGGAAGAGGAAGGUGCGCACCAAGAAGAAGAAAGGCACCAUCACCGCCAACGUCACUGGCACCAAAUAUGAGAUUGUUCGUAUAGUCAUCAACGAGUUGGACUACAUCAAGACCCGGGAAGAUGACGAGACCGCCAACCUCAUCUGGAACGACUCGGCCGUGCAGCACGAGAAAAUUGCUGAGCUCAGGAAUUAUCAGAGAAUUAACCAUUUCCCUGGCAUGGGCGAAAUCUGCCGGAAAGACUGCCUCGCAAGAAACAUGUCCAAAAUGAUCAAGUGCCAGCCUCAAGAGUACAGCUUCAUACCCAAAACCUGGAUCUUCCCCGCCGAGUACACUCAGUUCCAGAACUACGUCAAGGAGCUACGCAGGAAACGCAAGCAGAAGACCUUUAUCGUCAAACCCGCCAACGGAGCCAUGGGUCACGGGAUCUCGCUUAUCCGUAACUGUGAGAAGCUGCCAGCGCAGGAGCACUUUAUCGUUCAGGAGUACCUGGACAAGCCCUUCCUGAUGGAGGGCUACAAGUUUGACCUGCGCAUCUACAUCCUCGUCACGUCCUGCGACCCGCUACGCAUUUUCCUCUACAACGACGGCCUGGUUCGCAUGGGCACGGAGAAGUACCACGCACCCAGCGAGGCCAACCUGAGCCAGCUCUACAUGCAUCUGACCAACUACUCAGUCAACAAACACAAUGAGAACUUUGAGCGGGACGAGACGGUGGACAAAGGCAGCAAGAGGUCCAUCAGCUGGUUCACCGAGUUCCUCCGCACCAACGACUACGACGUGGCCAAGUUCUGGGGAGACGUCUCUGAGCUGGUGGUGAAGACCAUAAUAGUGUCUGAGCCCCACGUGCUGCACGCCUAUCGCAUGUGUCGCCCCGGCCAGCCACCAGGGAGCGACAGCGUCUGCUUUGAGGUCCUGGGCUUUGACAUCAUCCUGGACCGCAAACUCAAACCAUGGCUACUGGAGAUCAAUCGAGCUCCGAGCUUUGGGACCGAUCAGAAGAUUGAUUACGACGUGAAGAAAGGGGUGCUGCUCAAUGCUCUCAAACUCCUCAACAUUCGAGCCAGUGAUAAGAAACGCAACCUGGCCCAGCAAAAGGCAGAAGCUCAGCGACGGCUCUAUGGACACGGCUCCAUGAAAAAACUCUCGGCUGCUUCCUCGGACUGGGAGAAACAACGUCACACACUGGAGCGCAGGAGAGAAGAGCUGAGAGAGCGACUGGCACAGGUCCGCAAGCAGAUCACCAGGGAGGAGCAUGAAAAGCAACAUCUGGGGAACUACAGACGUAUUUACCCCCCAGACGACAAGCUGCUGUUGGAGAAGUAUGAAAGCCUGCUCUCGGCCGCCUUUCAGACCUUCCUCGCCGGGCGAGCUGCCUCACUUCAAAAGGAAAUGAAUAAUCCUCUGAAACGAAUGAAGGAGGAGGACAUCUUGGAUCUGCUGGAGCAAUGUGAACUGGACGACGAGAAGCUGAUGGGCAAAUCCUCCAGGCAGCGAGGACCUAAGCCCAUGACCACCAUGCCAGAAUGCAGCCAGACACCAAGACGUCAACGACCGGACUACCUGGCUGACUUCACCAGUGGCAGCAGCGCCGAUAACUCCUGUUCCUCCUCAGACGAAGAAGAAGAGGAUGAGAGGAGGAAUGCAGGAGGAGGAGGAGGAGGAGGAGGAGGAGAAGGAAGAGGCGCAGAGAAGAGGGAGAAGAAAGUUUCCUACGACCUUGGGGACCGGGAGAAGAACUUGGCUGAGCGCUCAGGUCGCAUGCACUGGAAACCUCCAAUCAAGUCACUCAAAACCAGCCCCGUCCCCUCCGCUUCCCCGACACUCUCUGGUCCAAUCAGGCGCUCCAUCUCCUGCCCGCGCUCCAUCGCCUCCCUGUCGUCGCCCAGUGAGGUGCGGGCGUUGUCCUCCAGGCCUUCCCCCACGGUUCCCAUGGCCACCCCCCUCGUAAGGCCGACCUCCGCCACGCUGCGCUCUCAAUCGCUGAGCCGCAGCGGCUCCGCCCACCGCGUGCCUCACAGCAACAGCCUGGGGACCAUCCACUCCAACAUGGGUGAUCCGCUGAUAAACCUGAGGAGUAAAGAGCAGGAGGCCGAGCUGGUGCGUCAGACUCUGGCGGCGCUCACCGCCAUGAGGAUCAGGUUUCCGGGUAAAAGCGAGGAGGAGGCUGAGGCUGUGCUGGAUGAGAUCCUUGACAACUGGAAAUACCAUAAAUCAAAGGUGGCCUCCUAUUGGCUAGUGAAGCUGGACUCUACCAAACAACGCAAGGUGUUGGACAUUGUGCGCACCAAUGUACGCUCAGCGAUGCAGCGGAUCUGGAGGGAGCCGGACGUAGACAGUCUACACCUCUACAGGCUCUUUAACCGCGUCUUCAACCGCUUGCUCUGGAGUCACGGCCAGGGCCUGUGGAACUGCUUCUCCAACACGGGCUCAUCGUGGGAGACCAUCUUCAGUAAGAGCAGCGAGGUGGUGUCGCCCCAGGAGCUGCAGUGCUGCCGCCGGCUGGUCCAGCUGUGCCGAGACUGCCUGUUGGUCGUCUACAAGUUUGUCUCAGAGUCCCGCGGCUCUUUGACCGGACUCAGCCCCGAAUGGGAUGACACCAGCUUUACAUUUGCCGCUGGACCAGCCUCUACCCAUGGCUCCACCACCCCUGCUGCUGUCGCUGCCGCUUCUUCCUCCUCUUCGCCCCUCGACGCAGGUACUGGAACGCUGUUAGCAGGAGCUGCCUCACUGCUCUGUCUCGGUGGAAGGUGUCAUAGAAAAGUCUUAGAAAGGUAUCUGCUGCCAGUGACCUCCCAGUUCAUCAUGAAGUGGCCUUCGUCCAGCUUUGGCCGCAUCUCCUCGGCAGUGCCACGCUCACGCAGCCUUUUCGCCGCCAGGAUGGGCCACUUCUGAGGUCACCGUGGCAACCCUGAUUUACGACACCUCGCCUUUUGACCUCAACCUCCCUGCCCUGACUCUCACCCAGCCAAAACUCCGAUCUCAGCAAAGUCCGGUACGGAUCUGAAUUCGAGGCAGCUCUGGACGCCGGCAGGAGCCUCAACCUGGGCCAAAUCCCCCCCCCCUGGAAGACCAACAAAGAAAGGCCGGAGGAUUUGGGAUUGCUAAAGGGCCUUGUUCAGUUUCGAUUAUGUUGGACCAGCGUAGACCAGCAGACCACUAGUACCCUCGACACCCUACCUUUAACCCCAGUAACACCAGACAAUGGGUUUACCCCUCUUUUCUCAUUGUAAUUGCUGUAUUAUACCUACUCACUGUACAGUUACAAGUCAUGGUACUGUAAAAGGAAAGAAUAACAAAUACUAAACAAUGCAAGGAUUAUUUAUUUAUGUACUUACUUAUUUUGUAAGAUAGUUCAUGAAUGCAGUGAAUGCUGAUGCAGAAUGCAGAUAUGGAAUGAUAUCAACAAAAGCUAUCCAUUGUUUGAGAAAGUGGAUGUAAAAAACAACAAAAAGCUUAUUUUUGCUGGCUGUAAUCAGUUAUUUUAUGUCCGAAUUUUUAUUUAUUUCAUAACUUAUAUCAAAGACUUUACGUUUAUAAAAUCAACAGUCACUUUAUGUUCCAGUUUUUACAGUAGAGAGGUGGCGCCCAGAGAGCUCAAAACUUUUUGAAUGCUUCAUGUUUUAGCUGUGUGAUAUUAAGUGCAUCACUAGUAAGCGACACAACGUUUUUAGAAUGUCAAAGUAGUAAAGCCUCUUUGCCUCUUUAGAGAACGAGCUGGCUUUGACGCCACAGCGCCACAAGAGCCAAACUUAAGUCUUAAGAGAGCACCCGGUUCCUAAUAUGCACUUUGCAGUACGUCACAGAAAGAGGAUGAAGGUGGGUGCACAUUAAGAGUAGUGUUUGCAUGCCUAGAUUUUAGUCCCUCACCCCAGAUGUAGUGGCUAGACGGAGGAGCUGCGUUUGGAAUAUACUUGAAGUUUUGUGUUGUCAUUAAUUAUUGUGUCUUUGUAUCGGCUUCACUCAGAAGGAGACACUUCGCUUUCGGAUUUGUCGUCUGGAGUACGGAUGCGUUAAAGAUAAUAAGGAUGUGCCGCAUCGCUUACAGAUUGUGCGGCAACGUCGAAUGACUCGGCUCACCAGCUCAAAUGUUCUGUACUGUAACGGCGGCGGUUUGCCUGGGACAAGCAGCUGCAGCCUUUUUUUUUUUUUUCCUGUAGGUACAAGUGCCAGGGAGAUCGUGGAUGUGCCAAUAAUAAGCACAUCUACUCCAUGUGUUCAGUUUUAUUUAAGGUUAAUAUGUCAAACUACUGCAGGACCUCAGUUAAAUACAGUGUUAAAUGUUGAUAGGGAGAAAAGGAAGUGUUAUAUGUUUAGUAGUUUACUGUGUACUACCCCAUGAGAUGAUACUAGACGUUUUAAAGAUGGUAGUCUGUCAGCAGCGUGUGCGAUACAGUACAGUGUGCAUUUUAUAACAUCAAUCCAGACUAACAGGUGUGACAGCAACGCUGUGCUAAAUCUGCUCAAAUCUAAUUCUCCCCCAUGUAGACUGAAACAUCACCUCACUCACAAUGCCAAAUAUUUUUUUAUUUUGCCUGGUUUUAUUUGUGUUACAGUAUUUAAGAGUAGUACUUUUUCAUUGGAGGUAGGAGAUUUUUAAUUUUACAUAGCAAUAAAAUGUUUAAACAAACACA